UAUAAAUAAGAAACCUUAUGUCAACCCUAAGAAACCCUUCAGUAGUCUCAAUCUCUCUAUUCAGUACCAUAAAGCCUAAUAAAUCAACUAACAAAGCACCUUCAAAUAUUAGCAAAUAAAAGAGCCUCAAUGCCCUGAAUGAAAGAAAGCAACCGAAGAAAAUCCAUUAGGGAUGCAGAAAAGAUAAUAUGAAAACCAGAUCCUAGCAAAGAUAGCUCACUUUAUUCCGGAGAUUGCACUAAGGGAUACAUGAAUGCCAUCAAGGCGUUUAGUAAGAAGAAAUGAAAAAGAGAUAUUAGCGAAAGAACCCUGAAGGCGAAGGAAAGACAUGAAAGUAGAAUUAAGAAAGCCAGACAUUCUAAAAGUCCAAUCACCCAGAGAACAAAAAGUCCGAACCCUGUUACCAAUGGAAGAAAAACUCUAAAUAAAAAUUAUUACCUAAACCGGUCUCAAAACAGCAUUAUCCGCCCUCACUCAUCCAACACAGUAGACACCACUCUCUUGCAUAAUUCAGAAAAUAGUAAUAGGUCCUUCCUGUUACCAUCAGCGGUUAAGUCCAUAAUUGGCAUCAAAGAAGAACUCAACCAGCCAAAGAUAGAAGAAAAUUCUAAAAAUGAUCUCUUCAGAUCUAGAAAAUUCUCCAGAGGAGCAAGCCACGAAGAGAUUACUGAAGAGGAGUACAAAAAGUACUCCCUCAGUGAUGAUCAUGAUCUGCCAACUCAGACAAUUAAUCAAGACUCGAAUCUUGAUUUUGACGAACUCUUCCCAAGCCAAGAGCUUGAGGAGAAGAAUAUCUUCCCUCAAACUGGCAGGUUUGAAAUCGAUGCCCAAGAUCACAGCGAGGAGAAUUCCUCGUGAGAGAGCAUCCCAGAGGAGUUUACCCACAGCUCAAUGGUCCCUGAUUCUCCGACGUUCAGUAAAGACGAUACUAUCAAAGUUGGCGAGGAAACAGAAGAAGUCAAAACAGAAGUUGAAGAAAUCAACAUUGAAAGUACAGAAGAUAUUGCUCUUAGUAAUCCAGACUCUGAUAGAGAAAAGAUAAAAUCCUUGAUGAAGAACUGAUGAGCUUCCCUAGCAGCUCACCAGGCUGAUAACUUCCAGAAUGACUCUCAGAAGUACUCCAGCUCUAUAUCUUUCAACAAGGACGAUGAUAGAAUUCUAACAACAGCUGGAACGAAAAUACAAACCCCUAAACCAGGAUGCUUCAGGACGAACAAGACUCCUUCAAAAUUUGAUUCAUGAAAGAAAUUCCUGAGUCAGAAAUCCCUAAAAAGUAGCAACAGUGGGAGGAAGUCUGUGAAAAUAAUAAAUAAUACACUUGCCACUGCUUCAGGAAUGUCUUCUACAGAAGUAAGAAGAGAAAACCAGACAUAUGUCAGGUCUCUUGAAGGUUUCGUUGAUAGCAAUAUUAAAUGCAUAAACAGUUUGGUUGAAUAUAAGCAGAAGACAAAUGAAGACAUUGUGAAGAUAAACAACCUGAUCCAAUCUACACACUCAGAUUUGAGCUUCCUCCAAAAGCGAAAUUCCCAAAUCAGAGUUGAGCUUGCAACCGCACAAGCAAAUAGUCUGCUAAUAAAAUAACCAAAAUCAAGAUAUGGUUCAGAAAAUCGCCAAAAUCACACAAAAAGUCAAAUCUAAAGAACACGAAUACCUAACAGAACUCACAGAAAUAGAGCGAAAUGCUGAAGAAAAACGAGAUAAGGUGAGACAUACCUUCAACAGCAUCACCCAUCUCCAAGAAAGAAUCUCCAAAAAAUCGAAAGAGGUCCAUUCAAACAUCAAAAACCUCGAAUCCAAGUACAUACAAGCUGAAAAGCGCCUGCAACGACUGCAGGAGAACUACAGAAUCUCCAAGCAAUAUGAAGCCCAAAGAUUGACAAUCCUUCGUGAAAAACAGAAGGAGUUGAGCAAUGCUAUCUGAAAAGAUAGCUACCAGCUCUUCUAAUGGCUUUAGUUGACAAUUCACAUUUUUCAA